ACUUACAGCUCAUCGGGCCAAGCCGCGCAAGUCAUCCACAUAUCGAGUGCGGUGCCCGAGGACAAAUGUACACUACUCUAUCGGUAGCAAACGAUGUCAUUGGCCACUCUGAACGCGGAUGUCCUCACCGAGAUUGUCUCGCUCCUCUCAACCAAAGAGGCUUUCCGGCUGUCCCUCACGAACAAGCAGGUCAAUACCGUUGCUAUGCAGCGGGUUUACCGCAUUAUCGAUCUGAAAUGGCCUCGACACGUCAAGCAAAUGUGUAGAGUGCUCCUGCAAGAACCUGCGAAACGCUUAGUUUUCGUGCGCGAGCUGCGAAUUAGCUCUAUUGCUCUCGAGGGUGCAAACAAUGCCACUGUCGCUCGAAUUGUGGAACUGCUGUCGCAUCCAUUCUCAGCGCACAUCCAGCGCUUGACGCUGGGCUGUAUUGAGCGGCUUUUGGAGGAGCAUCCAUCAUGCGCUGAUGCUGUGGCAGCACUCCCCGCUUUGACCCAACUUGAACUGGGGGAUGCAUAUGAGAGUUCCCUGGCAAUGAUCGAGAGGUUGACCUCGAAGCCUCGUAGACUAGCUUUGCAAUUCGACCUACCUUUCCUUGAAGGGGAUUCUAUCCCUACUCUCUUCUCCGAAGCCUCGGGGACUCCCACUGAAAUUUCCGAGUCAUCAACGACAUCACACGAGAUGACUAUGCAUCACCCCCUUCCGGAUCCACGUUUGCAGUGGUUUUCUCUGCAUCAUCUUUUUCUCAAGAAGUGCAAUCUGCCUAUGUCAGUGUUCGUCCUCGCGUUCCCGAACGUGAAGAGAAUUUGUUUGCGUCAAGUCACUUCCAGUCUGCCCUCAAAAAACAAUGGCGUAUGCUGGCCACGCCUGGACUGCCUCGACAUGGGAGAUGUUACAUAUAGACAUCCCUGGAAAGUGACAUGCCCGGUCCGACACCUGGUUCUGGGUAUCAGCCGAGCAGUCGGAUCACCAAAGUCUGCUCUGUCCCUUGUGAAAAUGACCAUGCCCAUUGUGCUUGAGUUGGAGACAAGCCUGAAGUUGAGUACGAGGUUUUGGGACAAGCUGGCGAGGGUCGGGAAGAGAUUGAGGUAUCUGAUCAUUGUUCUCAAGAAGGCCGACACUGUAUCCUCCUCGGGUGACUAUGCACAAAACCUCAACCAUUGGAAGUCACAAUUGCCUGCCUUCAUGUCUAAACUAAACGUCAGCUGCAUCCGGAUAUGCUACCCAUCGUCACUUCCUGUCGCUCAAGACAUUCUUGAAGAUGUGCCACAAAUACUAAUGCGUUCAAUUCCGUCUUUGUGUUAUGUUGCGUUGGACCGCCAUCAUUCGUCAGAACGUAGCAUCUGGUAUGAAGGUCAAUAUGAUGGCUAUCAGUCUGAAAGCACAUGGUGGCGCAUCACCAGAAUUGGGACUCGGGACUGGGAGGGACUCGCGAGAAUGACGACCGAGCUAGGUGAAAAAAUAGAUGCCCAUAUGAAGUCUGAUGAAGUUGAGUCUUCCCUACCUUGUUAGAUCAGUUUAUAUUGGAACGAAGCGCGUCUCCCUAUACUCUGCUGUGCUCGAGGUUAUAUUGAUGCAUUAUGCACACAUCUCCG